AUGGCCUCUGCUAUUCUGCAUUCGCCAAUAUGCAGAUUCAUACUUAAAGUAGGGAGGGCAGUGCCAGUAGUUGUCAUCUUGAUCAUAGUGUCAUUGUCGUAUUACGUGUACGUCUUCCAAACAGUUCCAUGUAAGUUACAUCUUUUGGUUACCGUUUUUCGGAAAUUUAGGUAAUAAAAAUGAAGUUAUUACAAACUUAUUGAUUUGACGUUUUAUUUGAUUUAAAAAUUGUUUUUUAACGAAAAAACAGCUUUUCUGAAAUUUAGGUAACAUAUUUUAUGAAUUUUAGGCGCUAGGACAAAUUCGGUUUUUGGACAUUUGCGGAUCUGCGGUUUUUAGACACUUGCGGAUCUUCGGUUUUUGGACACUUGCGGAUUUUGGACAUUUGCGGAUUUUUUAAAGGGGUUUUUUUAUUUUUUUGUUAAUUUAGUUGUAUUAUGGUACUAAAUGGUACUAAAUUUUAAAUUGGUACUGUUUUAUAUUUUGGGACUGAAUGGUAUUAAAAGCCCAAAAAGGUACUGUUAUGUUAAAACCGCACCAAUUUAAAUUUUAAUACAAUUUAGUACCAUACUACAAAUAAAUUAACUAAAAAAUUAAAAAAACCUUUAAAAAAUCCGCAAAUGCCCAAAAACCGCAUUUGUCCUAGCGCCGAAUUUUAGUUUUGUUACAGUUUGAGCUUUUUGUGAUGUUUUGUGUUAUUAUAUUGAUUUCAUUUCAGUACUAACAAGUUCAUGGUAUUUACGGGUUCCUUUGUAUAUUGCAUUCCACAUAUUGUUAUGCUUGUUCUUGCUUUCUUAUUUCAUGACGGUGAUGGCGCCUUUGCCAGAAAUUCCAGCAAAGGUAAGUUAAAAUAUUUGUAAGAUUAUUUAUAAAAUUUUUAAAGAGCACAAGUUGUUAAGAAUUUUAAAUUUAGUAGUUUUACUCAAAAUAGUGUAAUACAUUUUCAGUAUUACCUGACUCGCGACGCUCUAAUGGAUUUCUGGGCUGAGAAGUCAGAAGUUGGGCGGAAUGACGUGUUAUUCAGAUAUAUCUCGCAGAACAGUAUCAGCACUCUUAAUGUCUCACCAAGUGAAGGUAGGUUAAUAUGUAAUUAACGUGAUUAUGUCUUUAGGACCGCGAUUUUGUGGCCAAUGUAAAUGUAUAAAGCCGGACAGAAGCCAUCAUUGCUCAAUAUGCUCUAGAUGUGUGUUAAGAUACGACCAUCACUGUCCGUGGGUCAACAACUGUGUCCAUAACAACAACUACAAGUUCUUCUUGUUGUUUUUGUUCUACGGAGUAGUGUUGUGUCUGUAUGUUUUAUGUACAUCGUUGUCUACAUUCAUCAGCUUCUGGAAAGGGAAACCGGUGCCUCAAGAUAUGAUCAGUAACUUUGGCAGUUUGUUUCUACCGUUCCUGGCAUUCCUUUUUGGAUUGUCAAUGUCAUGUUUGUUGUUUUAUCACAUUUACUUGGUUUGUCGGAACAAAACUACUGUUGGUAAGCUUUGAUAAUUUGAGGUGGUUUAUAUCUUAACUUUAUAUUUUUAAGUAUUUAAGUGCUUUUUAGUUUUUUGAUUACUACGCUAUGAUUAUCACAUAGCAAAACUAAUGUUUUUUGUUUAGAACAAUGGAAUCCGCCUCACUUUGACUACGGCCCUGACCCUGGAGCUUACAAUUUGGGGUCGUACCGUAACUUCAAACAGAUAUUCGGCGACAAACCGCUACUGUGGCUACUGCCCGUCCACUCAACGUACGUUGUUUGAUGUUGUGAUAAUGCUUUUGUUUUUGUUUAGUGUCUAUGACGGGCUGGGCUUCCCCCAUCGUGCUCAGACUUCCACUACUACAUCUACCUCACAAUCUUACCGACCUUUGCCUUCCGAAACUUUGGGUACGCUUUAGUUAUUCACUUCUCUAACGUUUCUGUGCUACUAACAACUCUUUUGUUUAUUUGCUUUACAGGUUUUUUGAAGGUUUUCGGAUUUAUAAGUUGUGAAAAACUUUAUUUGAAGCGGAUUCAAACUAGGAAUGGCAAUUUAAAUUAAGGAUAAAGUUAGGCGCAUUUACCUUGACUUGGGGCCCUACUUAUGGUGUUAGUGUUGGUAUAAGUUGUUUUUGUAAAGUGACACUUUUUCUUAAAAUAUUUUAAAUUUGGAUAAUGUUUUUAUAACUGUUUCACCAAACUUUAUAAUCUUAUUUCAGGCCAUCCGAUGGUAUAA